GCGGCCCGCGACCGCUGGGGAGACGUCGGCCGCGCGCCCUCCCAGCUCCUGCGCUUCAUCCAGGGAGCCUGCAGCCCCGAGAACUACGAGCCCAACCUGGCGCUCAACCUCGAGAUCGCGGACCUCAUCAAUAGCAAGAAGGGCUCGGCCCCCCGCGAGGCUGCCACCGCAAUCGUCGGCUUCGUCAACCACCGCAACCCCAACGUCGCCCUGCUCGCCCUCAGCCUGCUCGACAUCUGCGUCAAGAACUGCGGCUACCCGUUCCACCUGCAGAUCAGCACAAAGGAGUUCCUCAACGAGCUCGUCCGCAGGUUCCCGGAGCGCCCGCCGAUCCGCCCGACCCGAGUCCAGGCCAAGAUCCUCGAGCUGAUAGAGGAGUGGCGCAUGACGAUAUGCGAGACAAGCAGGUACAAGGACGACCUGGGCUUCAUCCGGGACAUGCACCGCCUCCUUAGCUACAAGGGCUACAUGUUUCCCGAAGUGCGGAGGGAGGAUGCGGCCGUUUUGAACCCCAGUGAUAACUUGAAGUCGGCCGAAGAAAUGGAGGAGGAGGAGCGAGAGGCGCAAUCAGCAAAGCUCCAGGAGCUCAUUCGCCGCGGCACGCCCGAGGAUCUGCAGGAGGCCAACCGUCUGAUGAAGGUCAUGGCCGGCUACGACACCCGAUCCAAGACCGACUACCGGGCCAAGGCUGCCGAGGACGUUGGCAAGAUACAGGCCAAGGCGCGGCUACUGGAAGAGCGCCUCGAGGCCUUCCGGCCCGGCGACAAGAUGCAGGAUGGCGACGUCUUCAGCGAGCUGGCCGCGGCCUUGCAGAGCGCCCAGCCCAAGAUCCAGAAGAUGUGCGAGGAGGAGUCGGACGAUCACGAGGCCGUUGCGCGGCUACUGGAGAUCAACGACAGCAUACAUCGCACGGUUGAGCGGUAUAAGCUGAUGAAGAAGGGCGACCUGGAGGGCGCUGCCAAGGUCGCAGCCGGCCACCCGCCGCCGUCACAGUCAGGGACAUCGAGUUCAGCGGCGAAUGAGUUGUCGCUCAUAGACUUUGAUGGCGAUGCCACGCAGAGCAACGGCAGCAACGGCGCAUCCUCGUCGCAAGCUGGUGGGUUGGAGAACGACCUUCUCGGCCUGGACAUUAACAUCCCCGGGCCCGCGCUGCUUUCAUCCCUGACCCAGGGCAGCACUGCCAGGGGCGCCGGCCAGAACGACACGCCGCCCCCCUUCUCCCAGUUUGCCUCCUUCUCGUCUCCUCCCGCGUCCCAGUCCGCCACGCCCCAGCCCAACUACCUCCAGCAACAGGCGCCGCCUCAAACCGCCUCCAGCGCCUUCGCCUCCGCCUUUUCCACCGUCUCCCCUCCCGCGCCGCAGCCCGCAGCAGCAGCCGCAUCCAACGACGACGACGAGUGGAACUUCACCUCGGCGCUGCCGGCGGAACAGCCCGCGCCGGCCAAGCCCCAGGAGCACCGGGGAGUCGCCAGCAACUCCAGCCUAAAGACCGAGUUUCUGGCCAAGAGGACCACGGCGGUCAGCAACUCGAUCAACAUUGUGUUUGCCUUUUCAAACAACACUGCGCAGCCCAUUACCGAGCUACACUUUCAACUCGCCGUCACAAAGGGCUACGAACUCCAACUCAAGCCCCAAACAGGCCGCUCCCUCGCCCCCAAGCAGAGCCGCGGCGUCACGCAAGAAGUCGACGUCUGGCACACGGGCAACCGCACCCAGCGCGUCGAGUCCGUCAAGCUGCGCUGGCGCGCGUCGUACAAGGUUGGCGAGGAGGCGAAGAAUGAGAUGGGCGAGAUUGCCGAGUUUAGCAUUGCGUAA